CGAUCUCUAACGAACACCUAAUGUCGGACGAAAACGACAUGUAUGAAGAAACUGACUUUAAUUUAAACGAAAGUACUCGGCUUGUUGCCUCAUUGUCGUUGCUUAAGAAUAUCAGUCAGAAUUCCUUUGAGCUGCAGCCUCGUAAUAUCUCGUGUAGCAACACAGACUUUGAUUGCCAAUUAAUAUUAUCCAGCAAUUCGAAGGAAUGCGUUUGUAUGAUUCAUCGUGUAUUGUUGCAGGAAUUUUCACAAUUAACAAAAGAACUGGCAGCUGCGCGGGAGAGCAUCUUGGAAAGAGAAGAGGAAAUAUCCGAAUUAAAGGCGGAACGAAACAACACACGUCUCCUACUGGAACACCUAGAGUGUUUAGUGUCACGACACGAACGAUCGCUCAGAAUGACAGUAGUGAAACGUCAAGCUGCCGCGCAAUCUGGUGUAUCAUCUGAAGUAGAAGUGCUCAAAGCUCUGAAAAGCCUUUUCGAGCAUCACAAAGCUUUGGACGAAAAGGUACGUGAACGUUUGCGCGUGGCGCUUGAAAGAAAUACGAGUCUUGAGGAGGAACUAGCCCAUACCAAAGAUGAACUCCAGCAAUAUAAAAUAAGCGGGCAUCCACCGAAAGCUUUAGAGGAUAGACCAAAAGAAAACGGGCAGGCGGAUGAAGGUCAACAACAGAAUAAGAAUGAGACUGAGCAGGCAGCAAGCCAGCCACAGCAGCAGCAGUACCAGCAACAUCAAUCACAACAGCAGCAACAACAACAAUUGGUACAAAAGCCAGGUACAGAGAAGUCCACUGAAGUCGGCAAUAGACUGAGCAAUGGGAGUCUUGAUCCAAUCGAGCAGGAUUCAGCAGUGCGAGUAAUAGAUUUGCAAGCUACUCUUGAUAAGCAGAGUUCAGAAUUAAGUACGUGGCAACGGCGAGUAGCGGAACUAAGCGGACGUGUUGCCGAGUUAGAGGAAACGCUAUCUAAAACACAGAAAGAUCUUCUGAAGGCACAAGAGGCAGGCAUUAAACUACAGAGAGACUUGCGAGAAAACGCAGCGCAAAAAGAGGACCAAGAGGAGCGAAUAGCGACUCUAGAAAAACGAUACCUCAAUGCUCAACGGGAGUCUACUAGUCUUCAUGACCUCAAUGAGAAGCUGGAGCAGGAAUUGCAGCAUAAAAAAGCUCAAUUAAAGCUUCAAGAGGAAAAAAUUGCGGCUAUACAAGAGAAACUAGAACUCGCGGAACAGAAACUAGCUCAGUAUGCUAAGUUACCAGAGAUGGAAGAACAAUUGAAGCAGAGGAUGGAGGCUCUGACGCAGGUGAGGAGGCCCAACCAGCAGGCUCAGGAGAGGCAUGGUAGCGCGGAAGAUAGGAUACAAAGACUGGAAGCACAAUUAGAGGAAAAAAAUGCAGAAGUGAUGCGCGUUAAUCAACGGCUAAAAAUGAAUGAGGAGCAUAACACACGCCUUAGUGCAACCGUCGAUAAACUUUUGUCUGAAUCCAAUGAAAGAUUGCAAGUGCAUUUGAAAGAACGAAUGCAUGCAUUAGAAGAAAAGAACGCGCUCACUCAGGAACUCGAGAAAACGAGAAAAGUGGCGGAAGAUCUACAAAACGAAAAGGCUGACAUUGUUAAGGAAUUGGGCAAAGCACGUUUGGAAAUUGACAAUGUUAAAAGGCAGAUGCUUCAGCAGGAGAUCGCAUUUAAUAUUCAACAAACAGACGCAUUAACGAGAAGUUUGUCGCCAAACGCUGUGGAUCCAGGCUCCUUCUCGAGAAGCGCAAGUCACAGCAGUUUCGACACACACUCAUUGCCGAGAAGAGGAGGUAAACGGUCUAUGGAAGAUGAUACAUCAAAGAAUUACGUUGCACGGACUUUGGCGGAACAGGAAUGGGAAAAACUGCAACAAGCACAUGUGCUUGCUAACGUUCAACAAGCAUUUGAUGUUUCGAGUGACGCAGAAGGCGAUGGGGAUAAUGAAAGUAUUUUUAGUUGUACAGCAGAUGUAAUUAGCCCUACAGGGCAUACAGAUGCCCAAACGUUAGCAUUGAUGCUGCAAGAACAAUUAGAUGCUAUUAAUAAAGAAAUUAGAUUAAUUCAGGAAGAAAAACAAAGUACGGAAGCGCGUGCGGAAGAAUUGGAGUCUCGUGUUGGCAGCCUCGAGCACAUGAAUCUGUUAGCGAGGGGCCGAAGCCUCGAACGAGCAUCACCACCACUGAGCGGACGAUCCACACCAAAAUCUCACCAUAGUCCAAACAGGGAUUAUUUGCAUAAGUACCACACCGUUAGUAAUCACGCACCUGCGUCAAUGUCUCCGGCGCAUUUACAUCAAUACGCUGCUUCUUUAGCUAGUCCGGGCCAAUUAUCAGAAUCUCUUCCUGCUAGCCAGUUGCAGUUGUCUGGGGAAGAAUUGCAUUCAGUUAGUGAAAGAGAUAGCACUGGCGGUGCAGGAAGCGGUGGUAGCGAUGCGGCGUCUCCUUUAACAGCCAGGUCCUUAAGGUUGGAACGAGUCGUUCAAGCAUUGGCUCAUAGUCAGGAAGAACUUAGAAGACGUACCGGACAGAGUGGAUUUCCGAGCAGUGGUUUCCCCACACACAGGCAUGGGCAGCAUAACAACGGCGCACUCAAUUCUGGAACUCCCCCUUCCCCAUUGUCCUCACGCCACAGCAGCCAGGACAGUCUGCACAAGAAUAAUUUCUCCAACGUUGGACUGCCCAUUGGACAAUUAUCAACGUCACAUCUUCACAUGCAAUCAACCAUGAGUCCGGCUACGGCAGCUGCAGUUGCAGCUGCUCAAAAGAAGAAAGGCAUUAAAAGCAGUCUUGGUAGAUUUUUCAGCAAAAAGGAGAAGAUCAAAGGGAAAGAUACACCAAUGCCAGGAGAUGUACCAGGAAUGGGAGGCGCAAGUACACCAGCUGAUCCUGAUUAUGGGGAUAGUGUAUGUGUAGCUGGUACGCUCGGAAGCAAAAGUGAUUUUGAUCGAAGGAAAAAGAAGAGUCCAAGCAUGUUUGGUAGUAUGUUGGACUCCUCACGGCACGAGCUUUUGGCGGAAGCGAUGAAAGCCGGGACGCCCUUCGCUCUGUGGAAUGGACCAACGGUAGUUGCUUGGUUAGAGCUUUGGGUGGGCAUGCCGACAUGGUAUGUCGCUGCUUGCCGAGCAAAUGUCAAAAGCGGUGCUAUCAUGAGUGCUCUCAGCGAUACUGAAAUUCAACGAGAAAUUGGUAUUAGCAAUCCUUUGCAUCGAUUAAAGCUAAGAUUAGCCAUUCAGGAGAUGGUAUCACUUACGAGCCCGUCAGCGCCAAAAACUUCUCGCACAACAUUAGCAUUUGGUGAUAUGAAUCACGAGUGGAUAGGUAAUGUCUGGUUACCGAGUCUUGGACUACCUCAGUACCGGUCCACUUUUCUGGAGUGCCUUGUUGAUGCUAGAAUGCUCGAUCAUCUUACGAAGAAAGAUCUUCGUGGUCAACUAAGAAUGGUUGAUAGCUUCCAUAGAACAAGCUUACAGUAUGGCAUUUCUUGCUUAAAACGACUAAAUUACGAUAGACAGCAAUUAGAGGAGAGAAGACGAAUGGCAGAAGGUGCCAAUAUAGAUGUACUUGUGUGGAGUAAUGAUCGUGUCAUAAGAUGGGUACAAUCGAUUGGUUUGAAGGAAUAUGGAAAUAAUCUCUUGGAAUCAGGUGUGCACGGUGCGCUCAUAGCCCUAGAUGAAAGUUUCGAUGCGAAUAGUUUUGCGCUAACUUUACAAAUUCCUACACAGAAUACACAGGCAAGACAAGUGUUAGAAAUGGAAUUUUCUAAUCUGUUGGCGAUGGCAACAGAAAGGCGUCUAGACGAGAAUAGUAGCAUGAAAUCCUGAUCCAUCUCAUCAAGUCGGCUGCCUCAUAUUCAACCGCAUCAUGUCUAGUCCAAACCCCAGCUAUUGCUACUAUCUAUGCGCAAGUGUGUUGUAAAAGUUGUAAGAGCUUUAAGUAUCACGCUAGGAGUAUCUUCAUAUUGUUAUGACAAAUGUGACAUUUGGUAAUAUCGAGGUGUGUUUUGACAUAAGCUGUUAAGACAUAAGCUUACACGAUACAUUCGAUACUUAAGGAUCCAUCUGAUCGAUUUUUAUGCCGCAUACGUAUAAAUUGAUGCGCUACAUGCAUUAUAUACGUUGAUGAAGAGGGAAGAUAGUUAUUCCAAUCGAUUUUCAUAUUAUAGAUAUUGAAAUGUAGCAGACAAUCGCGUUGGAUUGUACUACUAGAGAGACAUGACGAUAUAUAAUAACACUCUCCUUAAAAGCACGAGAUAUCAAUUGCAGACGAUUACGACAAUAAUUCUCUCUGAGUUAGCUUCAUUUGUUUAUAAAGAUGAUAAAUCUCAGUAUUAUGACGUCGCGUAAUAGAAUAUAUCCGUCGGUACGAUAAUGUGUACUUAUAAUGUUCAAUAAAUAUUUAAGGGUAAGUUAAUAUUUUGUACCGCACAAAAAAGUGAAAAAAAUAGGAGUCUAUGAUAUCAUUGCUUUUAAGGAAACUGUACGUAUACAAGGUGUCCUAUAAUUGAUAAUAUGACAGAAAAAA